GGUUUGGUGGCGCGUUGGCUCAAUCGCGGUUGCUUAACAGCGAGCAGCCGAGUUGAUUACGUCCAAUUAUCGCAACGAGGUAUAUGACUCGCGGCCGAUGCACGCUGUCGCACAGUUGGUAAUGUACGCUUGCCACGGUUAAACGUUAAAAUGGUCUUAAGCACGCCGAUAAACGAACUUUAAUGGCAUACUGUUUACAAAUACAAAGUGAAAUACGGAAAGUAAUCCAAGUAAUUGCUCGAUUAUUUAGUUAAUUGACAAAAACAAAUAAAUAUAAUAAAACAGUUAUAUUACAAAAAGAAAAAAAAACGCUAUUGAAAGUGAAUAGUAAUUUUUAAGUGUUUGUGAGUUGAAAAAGUGAUUAAAAGUUUAAAAAUUAAAAAAAAAAAAACAUUUGAAAACAUUUUUGAAAAAUGUCCAGCGCUCAAGUGUCGCAACCGCCCACGUUGCAGGCGCAGCAACAUCAACAGCAGCAACAACAGCAAAUCUCACACUUUCUCAAUCACAUUGCCGCCGCACAACAACAACAACAGCAACAACAACAACAACAACAAACCGCCUCGCCGCAACGCAGUGAUUAUCAAAAUGACAACAACACCAGCUCCACGCUGUCACCACGUUCACCCGCACAUUCCAGUCCCACACACUCAUCACACUCACCACGCUCCGCCACAAAUUCACCGCCCAACAGCGCUUACGCCAGCAAUACAAGUCCUCAACCGGACGGCAGUCAUCACGCCGUCUUACACCUGCCACCCACCAGCAACACUGGCUUGCCACUAAUUGUUGCACCAAUGCCCGCGCUGCCACACUUGCCGCCCAUGACAGCCACAACGGUGGCGAAUAGUUUGCGCGAUCAACGCAUCUUCCCGACAUUGGCAACACCGUCCGCGCCACAGCAGCCUACACUGGCCGCACCACGUCUCUACGAUACGUUUACGCCCGGUGCGCUACCCGUCGGUCAUGCCGCUUUGGUGAACGGCUGCUACCCGAUGCCGCGCUUGCCGCUGAGUAAUGUGAUGUUGGCGCAACAAAAUGUCGCUUCCGCUUCACCGCCCGUUACAACGUCGGCGACGACACAGAGCCAGCCGAAGAAGUCAUUUUGUAUUGAUGCACUGCUGGCUAAGACACAGAGUAGUGAUGAGGUGGUGGAGCGGGGCGCAGAGAAGCCACUGACCGAGGAUCGUUUGGCGGCGUUCCAUUAUGCGCGCGAUAAUGCCGAGCUGAAUCAAGCGAUUGCCGCCGGCAUAAGCGAGCAGGAGGCGCUGCAGCGGAUACGUGAGUCGCGCGAGUACGGUACGCCGAGUCCCGAUGGCAUGUCGAGGUGAGUGCGAAGAUCGUGUUUUUUUUGGGAUAUGAUUUUGUAGAACUGUGUUUAAUGCCAAAAUAUGAUUACUCGUUCGUUGGGAAGGUG